GGUUAGCGCGUUCGGCUGUUAACCGAAAGGUUGGUGGUUCGAGCCCACCCAGGGACGCGCAGGGUCACUUUUGUUUGUUUCCAAGGGUACAGAGGCGUCGCGUUUCCUUUUGUCACCCCCGCCCCGAAGGCCCCGCACCCGGAGCCAUCCUCCUGAAGCGCCCGAGCAAGCCGGAGGAAGCGCAGCGGAACGACCCGGACGGGGUUCCGGUUUCCGCCCGCACGCGGAGGCUUUUUGUUCACGGCCCAGGGGACCCGGAACGCUGAGGAGGACGAACCGCAAAGGUUGUCUGAAGGCCGAGGCCAAGAUGGCGGCGCUAGAGGCUCUCAGCCCGCUCUGUGUCCGGAUGCUCGGCCUGCGCUCCAAUGUGGGUUCAGCCAUGCAGGCACGAGGCGUCCAUCGGAGCCUGGCCAGAGAGGGCCCCAGCAGUGUGUCCUGUGCUCAGCACCCAGCCUGCUGUGUCCAAGGCCAGAGCCAUGGUUCCUCAACCCACCGAGCUUCCCAGGAGCCGCGGCGAGUUUGUGGUGACCAAGCUGGACGACCUCAUCAACUGGGCCCGCCGAAGCUCGCUGUGGCCCAUGACCUUCGGCCUAGCCUGCUGUGCAGUGGAGAUGAUGCACAUGGCUGCACCCCGCUACGACAUGGACCGCUUUGGUGUUGUCUUCCGCGCCAGCCCCCGCCAGGCCGACGUGAUGAUCGUGGCUGGCACGCUCACCAACAAGAUGGCCCCAGCACUCCGCAAGGUGUAUGACCAGAUGCCAGAGCCCCGCUACGUGGUGUCCAUGGGGAGCUGCGCCAACGGAGGCGGCUACUACCACUACUCCUACUCCGUGGUGAGAGGCUGUGACCGCAUCGUGCCCGUGGACAUUUAUGUGCCAGGCUGCCCGCCCACAGCGGAGGCCCUGCUGUACGGCAUCCUGCAGCUUCAGAGGAAGAUCAAACGGGAGAAGAGACUCAAGAUCUGGUACCGCAGGUAGCGCCUCUGCAGCCACUGGAGCCCUGUGCACCCUGCCCCCAAGACGGAAUAAACUUCAGUCCUCGUGC